GCCGCUCGACCAAUCAGAAGUUCACAAUCCCGGGACUUUGGUAGCUCGUCCGUGUACUGUAGCGCUCAACAUUUCUUGUGAAAAUCUUGAGACAGGAUAACAACCAGACUGUAUAGAGAGAGUCUACAGUUGCCAAUUUUGACGGGUUGGGCCCCCCUACACACAACACCCCACCAUGCCUCUGGUUACGAGGAAUAUAGAGCCACGGCAUGUGUGUCGACAGACCAUCCCUUCCAACAUCCGCAGUGAGCUGGAAUGUGUCACCAAUAUCAGCCUGGCCAACAUCAUCCGCCAGCUCGGCAGCCUCAGUAAAUAUGCAGAGGAUGUGUUUGGGGAGCUGUUUAUCCAGGCUGGAGCAUUUGCGGUCAGAGUAAAUACACUGGGAGAAAGAGUGGAUCGACUGCAGGUAAAAGUCACCCAGCUGGACCCCAAAGAAGAGGAAGUCUCUUUGCAGGCCAUUACUACCCGAAAGGCCUUCCGAAGCAGUCUGACCCAGGACCAGCAGAUGUUCACCAGGCCAUCUCUGCCAAUGCCUGUACAGGACACCUACAAAACCUGUAAUCCGCCCCCACCACUCAACUACCUCAGCGAAUACCGGGACGAUGGGAAAGAGGCCCUUAAGUUUUACACUGAUCCCUCCUACUUCUUUGACUUGUGGAAGGAGAAAAUGCUGCAGGACACCAAGGACAUCAUGAAGGAGAGACGCAAACACAGAAAGGAGAAGAAAGACCAUUUGAACCAACGAACGCUUAAUCCGCGAAAGAUCAAGACCAGAAAGGAUGAAUGGGAACGCCGUAAGAUGGGGGCGGAGUUUGUGGUGCCAAAGAAUGAUUUGAUGAAUUCUUCUGAGGCUCUGAAUGGCAGUAUUGGAUCUGGAGAUGGCUUUAAUUCUGAAGGCUUUGAGAUGAGUACCGACUCCUACGCUUAUGACCCCGGCUCGCCUCUCUCUCCGCCUGGCAAUGAUGACUUCCUGCCUCCUCCACCUCCAGACAUGUAUAAUGACGGAGGAGAUGCGAACACCUCCAGAAGCGUGUCCAGUGUGGACCUUCCACCUCCCCUCCAUCCACCUGGCCCUCCUCCUUCAUCUUUUAACCACUCUGCUCCCCUUCCUCCCUCUGGUGGUGGGGCGCCACCAAGCUCUGCUCCUAAGCCUCAGCCAGAGCCUGCUGCCGAUGAUCCUCGCAGUGACCUGCUGCAGGCCAUCCGACAAGGUUUCAACCUGCGUAAGACGGAGGCACAGCGGGAGCAGGAGAAAAGGGAUCACUCUGGCAAUGACGUGGCCGCCAUCCUGUCCCGUCGUAUUGCUGUAGAGUGCAGCGACAGCGAGGAUGACUCCUCAGAGUUUGACGAUGACGAGUGGUCUGAGUGAUUGUCAUCCCGUUUUGCCUUCACUACCACCUCUGUAGCUUUCCUUUCUUUCCUUAACAGCUUCCUUGUAUUUCCAUUCAGAUUACAUUCUUAAUAGCAGUGAAGCACAGGUCCAUGUUCUGUGUAUCUUUUAGAUUUUGAGCGUAUGCACACAGUAUUUACAAGUGACCUAUUACAAAUCACAUUCCUUGAACCAUUUAUUUUUAUUUAUCCAAAAUUAUUCUGAUCAGAGGUGCAAAAGUCCAAAGAUUGAGAAGAGUGUGUGUGGUUGUAUCCCCAACCUUGUUGCUUUAAUUGGAUGUUAUUGAUGUCAAGAGUGUUGUGUGACGUGAUGCACGUCUCUCUGCUGAGUCUGUAUGUAAACACAUCACCUCUUCAUCUUAGAGUCUAUUAGAUUCACGUGUACUUUGCUGUGGGUCCAAUGUCAGAUUUUUAUCCGCUUAAGUAUAUUAAGGCAAAGGACAUUAGAGAGGGAGUACACACACACAAGCACGCAACCUUUUCCACACACAGUAUUUUUACGUACUCAGUGGAUAAGACACAAGGUGUUGACGUCGAAACAUUUUCGCUCACUCAUUAUACGAUAUAGAUGUAAAGUUUAUAUAAUCUAUUGAAUCAUGUCUACUAAAGAUAAUUAAUGCAAUCCUUUUUAUAUCCCUUUAAGCCACAGUUUUCUUUGCCACUUUUCCUUUCCUCAUUUGUAUUCAAUCUUCUUUCUUUCUGUGGUUGUCAUGGGAACAAUUCACUUGUGGAUGUGACAUUGUUGUAGUUUAUAAACAAAUUCAUGAAUGAAUUAUUCAGUAUCAUAGGGGAAGUAUUGGAUCACCAUGGCAGAUACCUGGGUGUUUGAUGAGAUCACAUGUUUCAUUUUGUAUUGUGGUUCAACUCUGUUGCGUAUUUCUUGCUGCAGUUUUUCUUUUCAACAUUUCUGGGAAUCAAUUAGGCUCUGUUGCUUUAAUCACUACGCUAUGUAGAAUAAGUGCCUUUUUAUACUGCAUUUCGGUGUCAGUGUAGGUUUAUUUUUGGUUAUCCACACUUGUCACUGAUCAGCUUCUUCUAAAAAGCUUAUCAGCUGUUAUUGAUGAGUCAAAUGUACAUUAGAACCGACAGAUGUUUAGUGUGGACCACAUAUUUCUCAAGUGCCUUUAUUAUAAAUGUGCCUAUGUUAAAGCGCAAUCACAGACCUUGCUUUGCCAAAGCUUCUCCUGCCUUUUCCAAAUGAUUAUAGUUAUUUUAAUAAAGAGAGUGAAUUACAA